UUCGACUCUACUUUUCUGGCGCAAACCGAGUUUUGACGUUGACGCUGGCGGUCGAUUUGCUGAGUGUUCGAAAACUACAUUUCCGAUUGAACCAUACAUUUUUGAUUGGGCGCGUUUUGAAAAUAGUUUAAUCUGUGUGUGUUUCUGUGUAAUUAGAGUGAGAAAUAACCCAAAGCUAACCAGAGUUCUGCACCUCUCGCAAGCGCAACGAUAUUUUGAAAAAUAAAUCUCACGCGUGGAAAUGUCGCCGGCGGAUGAUAACUCCUUUGCCACCACGAGUGGCAACAAAAAGGCCACCUACACUCUCAUAUGCAUCAAAGUGGUGGAGCUGUGCCUGUUAAUAUGCUGCCUUGGUCUGAUCGACGAGCCGGCCACCAACUCCCACCUGCGAGUGUUCAUCACGCCCCGAGUGAUUGCCCUCUGCUAUGUGACCUUUGGAGCCCUGACCAUCUACACGGCGAUCUACCUGAUCAUGGCUCUGGUCGGUGAUCUGACACCCUGGCGCACGGCAACGUUGUGGUCUCUGGUGGCAUUCUGUCUGUAUGUGGCCGUGACGGCUCUGCUCUUCCGGGACUGGUCGACCACCAAGGAUCGCAACUACUGGCACCCGAACAUGCAUCGUCUGGACCUGGUGAUGGCCUCCGCCUCCAUUGCUCUGGUCACUUCCCUGGUCUAUCUACUCGACAUACUGCUCACCAUCCGCUUCGGCGUCCAUGGCGAUCUGGAAUGACAGGGACAGAGACAGCGACGCCUUGCGUGGACUGUUAUAUUUAGAGCUCCAUCAUAGUCGUAAGCCCCAUCACAUGACCUGCUUCCCAGCAAAUUGUAACCCACGAAAUCUGUAAACAGAAAACAAAACAUCAGAAGAAUUGCCAUCAUCGAAAAGAAAAUGUACAAAAAGAAGUCCAAGGAAGUGGAAAGAUUGUUUAAGCAUCGCCUUCAGCCUGUUUUUUUUUUUUUUUUUUUUUUUUGUAAGCCUUCACCAACGUUUUUCUCUAAUCCACUUAACAUAUAAGAGCCCACACAAAUAAAUUUUUUUAUGAGGGAA